AUUCAAGCAUUUUUAAAAGUAUAAACAAAAUGACAACAUAACCUUUUGACAUGUUUAUUAAUUUAAAUACCUUAUGGCACAAAAUUUUAGUUGUUUAAUAAAUAAAACUAUUUAUUUGUUAUAUUCUUUUUACAAUAGAUAAUCAUAAAAACAAUUUAUUUUCACAACACAGUGAAUGAUGAAAUAUUACUCAUAAUGUAUAUAGCAAGAGUGCACAUGUGUGUGUUGUCUUUAUAUAUUGAACAUAUGGUUAUAUGUACUCAAAAUUGCUCCAAAACGUGAACAACACAAGAACCUCCGGGUUAUGAUUAUAAAUUUCAUCAUCCAGCAAUAAUUAACAGAUGCAUUAUCAUGGAUCCAGAACCACCAUGUAGAGCCUGUACUGACUUUAAAUCAUGGACUAAAACUCAAAAAAAAAAAUACGAUAAUAAGAUGGAAACAGAUGCAAAAAAAUCAAAUGAUAGUACAAAUAUGACAACUCCAACAUCAUCUAAUCGUGAAAAGCUUAAUUGUCCACUUGAUAAAGCUGAACUUGGUAAAUCAACAUGGUCAUUCCUUCAUACAAUGGCUGCUUAUUAUCCAGAUAAACCAUCAGUUGAACAAAAGAAAGAUAUGUCAACAUUUUUUCAUAUAUUUUCAAAAUUUUAUCCAUGCAGUAUUUGUGCUGAGGAUUUACGUGAACAAAUUCAAGUAACACCACCAAAAACAUCAUCACAAAAUGAAUUGAGUCAAUGGCUGUGUAUGAUACACAAUGAAGUCAAUAAAAAAUUAGGAAAAUCUGAAUUUGAUUGUAAAUUAGUUAAUCAAAGAUGGAGAGAUGGAUGGCUAGAUGGUUCUUGUGAUUAGCACAUUUUUUAUUUAGCAAAAAAGUCAUGAUAAAUUAGUGCCUUAUAAUAAAACUUUAUUGUCAAGUCAAAAUUGAUUUAAUU